AACUACACUUCCCGAUUAUCAACGCGCGCCUGCGCCUGCGCUCUGGUACUUGUCGCCAUCUUGCCCCUUCUGAGGCACAGCAAACAAACCCUAUUCCUGGUGUCCCCUAGUCUUGGCGGAGGAGCCUUUUAGAUGAGCCCCGAAAAGCCGGGCAGGGAAGACAAGCUCUUUGGGGCUACCAAAUAUAAGCAGCAAUGCCUGUUGUGUGGCCAACCCUUUUGGAUCUCAGCAGGGAUGAAUGCAAAAGGAUUCUUCGAAAAUUGGAAUUGGAGGCAUAUGCUGGCGUUAUCACUGCACUUCGAGCACAGGGAGAUCUCACCAAGGAAAAAAAGGAUCUUCUUGGAGAACUCUCAAAAGUUCUUAGCAUCUCAACAGAACGCCACCGUGCUGAAGUUCGGAGAGCAGUAAACGAUGAACGGUUAACAACAAUUGCACAUAAAAUGAAUUUAUCCUUAUAUUUGGGUGAAAGACCAAGUUACAGUAUGUCUGGACCUAAUAGCUCUUCAGAAUGGUCCAUUGAAGGUCGUCGAUUGGUACCACUGAUGCCCCGACUAGUUCCCCAAACAGCAUUCACUGUAACAGCUAAUGCUGUUGCCAAUGCAGCUAUUCAGCACAAUGCAUCUCUUCCCGUGCCUGCAGAAACAGGAAGCAAAGAAGUAGUGGUUUGUUAUUCCUACACAAGUACCACGUCAACCCCAACCUCUACCCCCGUUCCAAGUGGCAGCAUAGCAACGGUUAAGUCUCCAAGACCUGCCAGUCCUGCCUCCAAUGUAGUUGUCUUGCCAAGUGGAAGUACUGUUUAUGUCAAAAGUGUUAGCUGUUCAGAUGAAGAUGAAAAACCCAGAAAACGAAGGCGAACAAACUCUUCUAGCUCCUCUCCUGUUGUCCUAAAGGAAGUUCCAAAGGCUGUUGUUCCAGUUUCAAAGACGAUCACUGUGCCUGUGAGUGGCAGUCCCAAGAUGAGCAACAUCAUGCAGAGCAUUGCUAACUCCUUACCACCCCACAUGUCUCCUGUGAAAAUAACCUUUACCAAACCGUCAACACAGACAACAAACACAACAACACAGAAGGUUAUUAUAGUGACCACAUCACCAAGUUCUACCUUCGUACCCAACAUUCUCUCCAAAUCCCAUAACUAUGCAGCGGUCACUAAACUUGUACCAACAUCAGUCAUUGCUUCCACAACUCAGAAGCCACCGGUUGUUAUAACUGCUUCACAGUCCUCUCUGGUCAGUAGUAGCAGCAGUGGCAGCAGCAGUUCUACACCAUCACCUAUUCCUAGUACAGUUGCGGUAACAGCUGUUGUAUCCUCCACACCGUCUGUUGUCAUGUCAACAGUAGCACAAGGUGUAUCUACAUCAGCAAUCAAAAUGGCAACAACAAGACUUCCUUCCCCCAAAAGCUUAGUGAGUACCCCGACCCAGAUUCUUGCACAGUUUCCUAAACAGCAUCAACAAUCUCCUAAACAGCAGUUACAUCAAGUACAACAACAGGCACAGCCUUCUGUGGCUCAACCUUCUCUAGUAUCUCAUCAACAACAGCCUCAGCAAUCUUCUUUGCCACCUGGUAUCAAACCUACCAUCCAAAUCAAACAGGAAUCAGGUGUUAAAAUCAUCACACAACAGGUUCAACCAAGUAAAAUCUUACCUAAACCAGUAACUGCAACUCUACCCACCAGUAGCAAUUCCCCUAUUAUGGUAGUUAGCAGUAAUGGUGCAAUUAUGACAACUAAACUGGUGACCACUCCUACUGGCACACAGGCAACCUAUACCCGGCCAACAGUGAGCCCAUCCAUAGGUCGGAUGGCUGCAACCCCUGGAGCUGCAACUUAUGUGAAAACCACCAGUGGUAGCAUCAUUACAGUAGUACCAAAAUCAUUAGCUACUUUGGGGGGCAAGAUAAUUAGCAGUAAUAUAGUUUCUGGAACAACUACCAAAAUCACUACAAUCCCAAUGAGUUCCAAGCCCAAUGUGAUUGUUGUGCAAAAGACUACAGGAAAAGGAACGACCAUUCAAGGGCUCCCAGGCAAAAAUGUUGUCACAACAUUGCUAAAUGCUGGAGGAGAAAAGACUAUUCAGACAGUGCCAACAGGAGCAAAGCCAGCUAUCAUUACUGCUACAAGACCAAUCACCAAAAUGAUCGUAACUCAGCCAAAAGGAAUAGGUUCCACAGUUCAACCAGCAGCUAAAAUCAUCCCAACAAAAAUUGUUUAUGGGCAACAAGGGAAAACACAGGUUCUUAUUAAACCCAAACCAGUGACAUUUCAGGCCACAGUUGUUAGUGAACAGACAAGACAACUGGUAACAGAAACAUUACAGCAAGCAUCCAGGGUAGCAGAGGCUGGUAAUUCAUCUGUUCAGGAAGGAAAAGAAGAACCACAGAGUUAUACAGAUAGUAGUUCCUCUUCUACAGAAUCCUCCCAAAGUUCCCAAGAUUCCCAGCCUGUGGUUCAUGUAAUUGCUUCCCGGCGUCAGGAUUGGUCAGAACAUGAGAUUGCAAUGGAGACUAGCCCUACCAUAAUAUAUCAGGAUGUAUCCAGUGAAUCACAAUCAGCUACUUCAACAAUCAAAGCUCUGUUAGAACUCCAACAGACAACAGUAAAAGAAAAGUUGGAAUCUAAACCAAGACAACCUACUAUUGACUUGAGUCAAAUGGCAGUGCCUAUUCAGAUGACCCAGGAAAAGAGACAUUCUCCUGAGAGCCCAUCAAUUGCUGUGGUAGAGUCAGAACUAGUUGCUGAAUAUAUCACUACUGAACGCACUGAUGAGGGGACAGAGGUUGCUUUUCCCCUUCUAGAUGCUGUGGCGAUUUCUGGAGAAAUAUCAUCAUCACCUCCUCUAUUUUCAGUCAGCCAUCGCUCCCAGCCUCAACAACCUUCUCAGGCCCAGCGGACACUGCUCCAGCAUGUGGCUCAGUCACAGACCGCAACACAAACUUCAGUGGUGGUGAAGUCCAUCCCAGCAUCCUCUCCUGGAGCAAUCACUCAUAUCAUGCAGCAGGCAUUAAGCAGUCACACUGCUUUUACCAAACACAGCGAGGAACUUGGAACUGAGGAGGGCGAGGUUGAAGAGAUGGACACUUUAGACCCUCAGACAGGUCUGUUUUACCGAUCUGCCCUGACUCAGUCACAGUCAGCUAAACAGCAAAAACUUAGCCAGCCCCAGCUGGAACAGACUCAGCUGCAAGUGAAAACUCUGCAGUGCUUCCAGACUAAACAGAAGCAGACCAUCCACCUGCAGGCAGACCAGCUCCAGCACAAACUCCCGCAAAUGCCCCAGCUUUCCAUCAGGCAUCAAAAACUCACCCCUCUCCAGCAAGAACAAGCACAGCCUAAGCCAGAUGUACAGCACACACAGCAUCCUAUGGUGGCCAAAGACAGGCAGCUUCCUACCUUAAUGGCACAGCCCCCGCAAACGGUAGUACAGGUGCUUGCAGUGAAAACUACGCAGCAACUCCCCAAGCUGCAGCAGGCUCCGAACCAACCAAAAAUCUACGUGCAACCCCAAACCCCCCAGAGCCAAAUGUCGCUCCCCGCCUCAUCAGAGAAACAGCCGGCAAGCCAGGUGGAGCAGCCAAUUAUAACCCAAGGAUCCUCUGUUACAAAGAUAACUUUUGAGGGGCGUCAGCCUCCCACAGUCACAAAGAUAACUGGUGGCAGUUCUGUGCCUAAACUGACAUCACCAGUUACAAGCAUAUCUCCCAUUCAGGCCUCUGAGAAGACAGCAGUUUCAGACAUUUUGAAAAUGUCUUUGAUGGAAGCUCAGAUUGAUACAAAUGUAGAGCAUAUGAUAGUGGAUCCCCCAAAGAAGGCUCUUGCCACUAGUAUGCUCACUGGUGAAGCAGGAUCAUUACCUUCUACCCACAUGGUGGUGGCAGGGAUUGUGAAUUCCACUCCUCAGCAACAGAAAUGUAGAGAGUCCUGUUCAAGUCCGUCUGCUGUUGGCCCUCCCCUAACGACCAGGAAAAUCGAUGUACCAGGAGUGCAUACAACAGGCCAGUUCAUGCGUAUUCAGAAUGUAGGCCAAAAGAAAACUGAAGAGAGCCCAGCAGAAAUUAUCAUCCAGGCCAUUCCCCAGUAUGCUAUUCCUUGUCACUCCAGCUCCAAUGUGGUUGUGGAGCCCAGUGGACUUCUUGAGCUAAACAAUUUCACCAGUCAGCAACUGGAUGAUGAUGAGACAGCAAUGGAGCAAGACAUAGACAGUAGCACGGAGGAUGGAACUGAGCCUAGCCCCUCUCGGAGUUCUGCUGAACGGUCCUAGUGUUUUGGAUACAGGAAUGCACUUUAAAACCUGCUUGGUUACCAAGUGUCCAGGGAAACUCUUGAAUUCUAAUGUCAAAGAAAGGAAAAAAAGAAGAAAAAGGAAAAAAAAAAAAGCACUUUGCCCGUACUUAAGCUACGGACCCUAAAACAGCAGUAUUUCAAUAAGAUAUUGCUGCAGGAGUAGCAUUUUAGCAAACUAAAACUCACAGGGGAAUGUACUUUUAAAAAAAUUAUUAAAAAAAAAAGAUAAAAAGAAGAGGAUGCACAUCUACAGAGAUUCAAGAUCUGAUAUUCUUUCUCUGUUGGACCAUGGCCAAUGGAAAAGUUUUGUGUUGCAGUGAAAAGAGACUUCCAUUGAGCAAGUUGCCAUCAAAAAAGGAGAGUAUGAAUAGUUUGUAUUUUGAAAAGAUGUGUCAUGAACAGUUUUUAAAAAUCUUGUAUGUUUUUGCAAAUCCCUGGAAGUGUUGAACUGGUUAACGUUUUACGUUUGCUCAGUUGAUAAUUAGUGUAUAAAUAUCUAGGAAAAUACUGGCAUUAAAGAACCCUUUUUGGAGGGCAGAAAACAGAUCCGUAACCAGUAGGAAGUGCUUUUUGGGUGGCUUGUACAUUCUCAUUGUGUAUGCUAAUUUAUUGUGUUUUUCCUUUGUGCUCUAGACAGCACACUUGCCUUCUAUUUAUUUAAGUGUAAACAUUUCAAAGCAGGCCAUAGUCCUUCUGACACAUUUCUUGUAAACCAGGACUGUAUUUCUUUCCAUCUCCCAUUCUUCCUCCAGUGCCCUUCAAGAAAAUUAUUAGAAAAUGUACUAUUGUAAAGUAGAGGGAAAAAAUUUUUUUUUCUGGCCCAAAGGAAAUGUUCAUUUACAUUAAGAAAAGCAAAUUAUUCAUUCACGUGCUGUUUAAUGUUGAAAUUGCACAUUCAUGUUAGACUGAAACUUUAAACUAAUUUUUACAUACUUUUGUUUAAGCCCCUUUGAAAUGUAUAAAAAAGUUGAUUUAUAGAUCUAAAUGUAAUGUUUUUAAGCAUUCUACCUUUUUUAGGACACUGUUUUAUCAGUGUAUUUUGGUCUUGUGAUUGUUAUCUGUCAUGAGUGAGGGGAAAUGAGGUGGGAGGAUAAGAGUUUUGACAAGUAAUGGCAAAGGAAACUAUACUUUUCAUUUUUAAAACUGUAAAUAGAAAAGUUUUUAACGGUUUUUAUAAAGAUUUCACUAUAAAUAAGCAUUUUAAGACUGACAAAUGUUGAAUUGUACGUACGUAUAUCAGCAUUACUGCCCAAUUUUUUUGGUGCUGAAGUACUGUAAGUAGAAUUCAUCAAGUCUUCUAAUUUUGCAUCUAUCUGGAAAAAAGAAAAGCUGUGAUACUAUGGUUAAUAAAUUCCCACUAAAACAACACUGAAGAUUUCAACACAAGCAUUCAUAAUGUGCAA